UGCGGUAAAAACCUUAUAUUGAAUAUAAAAUAAAUUUGGUGUAAUCCAGGUACACUCAAAUGUGGAGAGCCAUUGAACCCACACUGAGGAAACUGGAUACACGAGGUCACGAUCUCCUGUAUGACUGAGUGAAAGAUAACCCUGCAGGUGGACGAGGAAGUGUGUCCUCUCAGGUUUUCCCCCUGUGACACUACAGCCUCGAGGAGUGCCUGGAGGACGUUGUAGUUUAAGGGAUAGAAAACACAAAGCCUCCACCUGGACUGAGGAGAACAACACACGCAACAGUCCACAACUCUGGUCUUUGAGCAGCACGAGGAUGGCGUACAGAGGCAGCGUGAGACCGUUCACCAAAUUCAACGCCAAACAAGACGCCGAGCUCCUCCAUAAAGCCAUGAAAGGAAUGGGUACGGAUGAAGACGCCAUCUUAAUGCUGCUGGCGGCGCGAAGCAACGACCAACGGCAGCAAAUUAAGGCAGAAUACAAAAAGGCCUACGGAAAGGACUUGGUGAGCGCGCUGAAAUCGGAGAUCGGCGGCCUGUUCGAGUGUCUGAUCGUGGCCCUGAUGACCCCGCCCAUCUUAUACGACGCCACUCAACUGCACAAGGCUAUCAAGGGCGCCGGGACUAACGACGAGGUGCUGAUUGAGAUCCUGGCCUCGAGGACCGGCGAGCAGAUUAAAGAAAUCGCUAAAGUCUACAAGAAAGAGUUUGGCAGCAAGCUGGAGAAAGAUGUCUGCGACGACACCUCAGGGAACUAUCAGAGACUCCUGGUGAUCCUGCUGCAGGGGAGCAGAGAGGAGAAGGUUGACGAGGGUAAGAUCGAGAAAGACGCUAAGGACCUGUACGCUGCUGGUGAAGGCAAGUUUGGCACAGACGAGGAAACAUUCAUCACAAUCUUUGGCAACAGGAGCGCCGCGCAUCUCAGGAAAGUUUUUGACGUGUACAGGAAACUCUGUGGCUCUGACAUCGAGGACAGCAUUAAAGGGGAGACCAUCGGGAAUUUAGAGAACUUACUGCUUGCCGUUGUAAAAUGUGCCAGAAGUGUCCCAGAAUAUUUUGCUGAAAGCCUUUACAGAUCCAUGAGGCGCGCGGGGACUGACGACGACGCCCUGAUGAGGAUCAUGGUGUCCAGGAGCGAGGUGGACAUGCUGGACAUCAGAGCCUGUUUCAAGAAGACGUACGGACAGUCUCUGUACACCAGCGUCCAGGAGGACACGAGUGGAGACUAUCAGAAGGCUUUACUCUACCUCUGUGGAGGCAAUGAUUAAUGUUGUUGGGCAGCAGUGAACA